UGAUGCACCCGUUUUGUCCUGAAUAAGAGGCAGUCAGCUUGAAACUGUGACCAGUGAGAUACACAGACACACUGAAUCAGGAGCCAUGAUGAUGGAGGUUGUUUAUGUUGCCGUGGCUGCGCUCAGUCUUCUGUCUGUCGGACAGUCGGCUCCUGUGACGAGCUGUGAGACUCUAAUCCAACCUGUUGUAAUCCAGGGAAGAGACCAGCUGCUGGGGAAAUGGAUAUACAUAGCAGAAAGCACAACCUUUCCAGGGUCCAGGUUGCUGACCGAUCGGUUUUUGGAAAGCGGCUGGGGCAAAACCACGGCUGCCAACGAGAGUGAUGCCAUCAAUCAUUAUCAAGUUCAAAAAAUGUUUGGCCGAUGCUUCUCUGUCAGAACUAAGCUGACCUUGCAAAACAGCACUCUGUAUAUGGUGAAACCUUACUCUUCUGCUGUCACCCUGCUGAAUACUGGCUGCUUCGACUGCCUUGUUUUCCACUCAAGAUUCACCCUUGGAGGAAGCACAUACAUCGGCCUGCAGCUCCUGAGCAGGAGAAGUGGAGUGUCUGUUGCUGAGAAGGAGGAGUUUAUCAAGCAGGUAGAGUGUCUGAACUUACCAGCAGCUGCUUUCAUGGACCCAGAGAAAGGUUUGUGUCCAGAUGAUUCUCUCGCCGAAGAAAGCGAGACUACUGAUCUGUCGAGUGCCAUUGAGGACAUGAGCUCUAAGGUGUUAAGCGUGCUUGGCGACAUUGCAAACAGCGAGGGUGGAAUGGAGACCCUGAUCAAACAGAUCUCCAGGGGAAGAGCAUGAUUAACAUAAAAUCAACUAAUCACAACAUAAUGAAAACACCAAGUCUGUGUGAAGUCUUCUAAUAAAAAGUAAGAUGAAUAUGA